UGUGUGGCGGGGCUCAGCCUCUCCCUGUCACUCGGUUCCCGGCUGUCGUACGGAGCGGAGCUGCAGACAUGACGGACACGGGCGGGGCGGAUGACGGCUCCGGUAACCUGGAGGUGUCGGCCGCGGUGCAGAAUGUAGCGGACGCCUCGGUGCUGCAGAAACACAUCCGGAAGCUGGUGCCGCUGCUGCUGGAGGAUGGCGGGGACGCCCCGGCCUCCCUGGAGGCUGCGCUGGAGGAGAAGAGCGCGCUGGAGCAGAUGAGGAAAUUCCUGUCAGACCCGCAGGUGCACACCAUCCUGGUGGAGAGGACGACGCUGAAAGAGGACGUCGGUGAUGAAGGAGAAGAGGAAAGAGAAUCCAUCUCCUACAACGUGAACAUCGACAUCCACUAUGGACUCAAGUCCAACAGUCUGGCAUUUAUUAAGAGGACCCCAGUUAUUGACGCAGACAAACCAAUCUCCUCUCAACUACGAGUUCUCACACUCAGCGAGGAUUCCCCCUACGAGACGCUGCACUCCUUCAUCAGCAACGCCGUCGCCCCCUUCUUCAAGUCAUAUAUCCGUGAAUCGGGCAAAGCUGACAGAGAUGGUGACAAAAUGGCUCCCUCUGUGGAAAAGAAGAUUGCGGAGUUGGAGAUGGGACUUUUACAUCUGCAGCAGAACAUUGAAAUCCCAGAGAUCAGUCUGAUGAUCCACCCAAACAUCACGAAUGUGGCCAAGCAGUGCUACGAGAGAGGUGAGAAGCCGAAAGUGACAGACUUUGGAGACAAGGUGGAGGAUCCCACGUUCCUGAACCAGCUGCAGUCAGGAGUCAACCGCUGGAUUAGGGAAAUACAAAAGGUGACAAAACUUGACCGCGAUCCCGCUUCUGGAACAGCUUUGCAAGAAAUCAGUUUUUGGCUGAACCUGGAGAGGGCGCUAUAUCGUAUUCAGGAGAAACGCGAGAGCCCGGAGGUUCUUCUGACGCUGGACAUCUUGAAGCACGGAAAGCGGUUUCAUGCCACUGUCAGCUUUGACACGGACACAGGGCUGAAGCAAGCGCUAGAAACAGUGAACGACUACAACCCUCUCAUGAAGGACUUUCCCUUAAACGACCUGUUGUCCGCCACUGAACUGGACAAGAUCAGACAGGCUCUGGUCGCCAUCUUCACCCACCUCCGGAAAAUCAGGAACACAAAAUAUCCAAUUCAGAGGGCACUGAGGCUGGUAGAAGCCAUCUCCAGAGAUCUCAGUUCUCAGCUCCUGAAGGUUCUGGGCACAAGGAAACUCAUGCACGUGGCUUAUGAGGAGUUUGAGAAGGUCAUGGUCGCCUGUUUUGAAGUCUUCCAAACCUGGGACGACGAGUACGAGAAGCUUCAAGUCCUUUUGAGAGACAUUGUGAAACGGAAGAGAGAGGAGAACCUGAAAAUGGUGUGGAGGAUUAACCCCGCUCACAGGAAGCUGCAGGCCCGGCUGGACCAGAUGAGGAAGUUCAGGCGUCAACAUGAGCAGCUGAGAGCCGUCAUUGUCCGGGUGCUGAGACCUCAGGUCACCGCUGUUGCUCAGCAGAACCAGGGGGAAGUCCCAGAGCCUCAGGACUUGAAGGUGGCAGAAGUCCUGUUUGAUGCAGCUGAUGCCAAUGCCAUUGAAGAAGUAAAUCUUGCUUAUGAAAACGUGAAAGAAGUCGAUGGCCUGGAUGUGUCUAAAGAAGGCACAGAGGCAUGGGAGGCUGCACUGAAGAGAUAUGAUGAGCGAAUCGACAGAGUGGAGACCAGGAUCACCGCCCGUCUCAGAGAUCAGCUUGGCACAGCAAAGAACGCCAAUGAGAUGUUUAGGAUCUUCUCACGAUUCAAUGCUCUGUUUGUUAGACCCCACAUCAGAGGAGCCAUUCGGGAGUAUCAGACCCAGCUUAUUCAGCGGGUAAAAGACGACAUAGAGUCUCUUCAUGACAAGUUCAAAGUCCAGUACCCUCAAAGCCAGGCCUGCAAGAUGAGUCACGUCAGGGACCUUCCUCCAGUGUCCGGCUCUAUAAUCUGGGCUAAACAGAUUGACCGGCAGCUGACCGCGUACAUGAAGCGUGUGGAAGAUGUCCUCGGCAAAGGAUGGGAGAACCAUGUGGAAGGACAGAAGCUGAAGCAGGAUGGAGACAGCUUCCGUAUGAAGCUCAAUACCCAAGAAAUCUUUGAUGACUGGGCAAGGAAAGUUCAGCAACGCAACCUUGGAGUGGCAGGACGUAUCUUUGCCAUCGAAAGCACACGAGCCAGGGGAAGGACAGGGAAUGUGCUCAAGCUGAAAGUGAACUUCCUGCCAGAAAUCAUAACCUUAUCCAAAGAAGUCCGCAAUCUGAAGUGGCUGGGUUUCCGAGUUCCAUUGGCCAUAGUCAACAAGGCCCACCAGGCGAACCAACUGUAUCCAUUCGCCAUCUCGCUCAUCGAAAGCGUCCGUACUUACGAGCGCACAUGUGAGAAAGUGGAAGAACGUAACAGUAUAAGCUUGCUGGUUGCAGGUCUAAAGAAGGAAGUCCAGGCUCUGAUUGCUGAGGGCAUCGCUCUAGUGUGGGAGUCCUACAAGCUUGAUCCUUAUGUCCAGCGUUUGGCAGAAACAGUCUUCAACUUCCAAGAGAAGGUGGACGACCUCCUCAUCAUCGAAGAGAAGAUUGACUUGGAGGUCCGAUCUCUGGAAACCUGCAUGUACGACCACAAAACCUACUCUGAGGUCCUGAACAGAGUCCAGAAGGCUGUGGACGACCUGAACCUUCACUCUUAUUCCAACCUUCCUAUCUGGGUCAACAAACUUGAUAUGGAGAUUGAGAGGAUCUUGGGAGGCCGUCUACAAGCUGGUUUGAAAACUUGGACCCAGGUACUAAUGGGCCAGUUCGAUGACAAAGCAGAAGUUGAUAUGGACACUGAUGCCCCCCAGGUCAGCCACAAACCAGGAGGUGAACCCAAGAUCAAGAACAUUGUCCAUGAGCUGCGCAUCACCAACCAGGUCAUCUACCUGAAUCCACCCAUUGAAGAUUGCAGAUACAAACUAUAUCAAGAACUGUUCGCCUGGAAAAUGGUGAUCCUGUCCCUGCCCAGAAUCCAGAGUCAGAGAUACCAAGUGGGCGUCCACUAUGAGCUGUCGGAAGAGGAGAAAUAUUAUCGCAACGCAUUGACUCGAAUGCCGGAUGGACCUGCUGGUUUAGAGGAAGCUUACUCUGCCGUCAUGGACAUUGUCACAGAAGUGGAGCAGUAUGUCAAGGUUUGGCUCCAGUACCAGUGCUUGUGGGACAUGCAGGCAGAAAACAUCUACAAUCGCCUGGGAGAAGAUCUGAAUAAAUGGCAGGCGCUGCUGGUCCAGAUCAGAAAGGCCAGAGGGACGUUCGAUAAUGCAGAGACCAGGAAGGACUUCGGUCCGGUCAUCAUUGACUAUGGAAAAGUGCAAUCCAAAGUGAACUUGAAAUACGAUUCCUGGCACAAGGAGGUGCUUAGUAAAUUUGGGCAGAUGCUUGGGCAGAACAUGACUGACUUCCAUUCUCAGAUUUCCAAGUCCCGUCAAGAGCUGGAGCAGCAUUCAGUGGACACCGCCAGCACGUCUGAUGCCGUGACCUUUAUCACCUAUGUGCAAUCUCUGAAGCGGAAGAUCAAGCAGUUUGAGAAACAAGUUGACCUCUAUCGGAAUGGACAGCGUCUGCUGGAAAAACAGCGAUUCCAGUUUCCCUCUUCCUGGCUGUACAUUGACAACAUCGAGGGAGAAUGGGGCGCUUUCAAUGACAUUAUGCGACGCAAAGAUUCCGCCAUACAACAGCAAGUGGCGAAUCUGCAGAUGAAGAUCGUUCAGGAAGACAGAGCGGUGGAAAGCCGUACUAUCGAUCUGCUGACUGACUGGGAGAAGACCAAGCCUGUUGCUGGAAGCCUGAGACCUGAGGAGGCCCUUCAAGCCCUCACAAUAUACGAAGGAAAGUUUGGCAGACUGAAAGAUGACCGGGAGAAAUGCGCCAAAGCUAAAGAGGCCUUGGAGCUGACGGACACCGGAUUGCUUAGCGGCAGUGAAGAGCGUGUUCAGGUUGCUCUGGAAGAAUUACAAGAUCUCAAAGGCGUCUGGUCCGAACUCUCCAAAGUGUGGGAACAGAUCGACCAGAUGAAGGAACAGCCAUGGGUGUCCGUGCAACCUCGCAAGCUACGACAAAGUCUGGAUGGACUGCUGAACCAGCUGAAGAACUUCCCCGCCCGCUUACGACAGUACGCAUCCUACGAAUACGUUCAGAGACUUCUGAAGGGUUACAUGAAGGUUAACAUGCUGGUGAUCGAGCUCAAGUCCGAGGCCCUGAAAGACCGUCACUGGAAACAGCUCAUGAGAAGGCUGCACGUCAACUGGGUGGUUUCUGAGCUCACCCUCGGUCAAAUCUGGGACGUUGACCUGCAAAGGAACGAGGCAAUUGUCAAGGAUGUUCUUCUUGUUGCUCAAGGAGAAAUGGCUCUGGAAGAAUUCUUGAAGCAGAUCAGAGAAGUCUGGAACGCCUAUGAACUGGAUCUUGUCAACUACCAGAAUAAAUGUCGCCUGAUUCGAGGCUGGGAUGAUCUGUUCAAUAAAGUCAAGGAACACAUCAACAGCGUCUCUGCUAUGAAGCUUUCUCCCUACUACAAGGUAUUUGAAGAAGAUGCCCUAAGCUGGGAGGAUAAGCUUAACAGAAUCAUGUCCCUUUUCGACGUCUGGAUUGAUGUGCAGAGACGUUGGGUUUACCUAGAAGGAAUCUUUACAGGCAGCGCUGACAUCAAACAUCUGCUUCCUGUGGAGACACAGCGCUUCCAGAGCAUCAGCACAGAGUUUGUGUCCCUGAUGAAGAAGGUCACAAAGUCUCCCCUUGUCAUGGAUGUUCUGAACAUCCAAGGAGUACAGAGAUCCCUGGAGAGACUGGCUGACUUACUAGGCAAGAUCCAGAAAGCUCUGGGAGAAUAUUUGGAGAGAGAGCGUUCCUCAUUUCCACGAUUCUACUUUGUUGGUGACGAAGAUCUUCUGGAAAUCAUCGGUAACAGUAAAAAUGUGGCCAAACUACAGAAACACUUCAAGAAAAUGUUUGCUGGGGUCUCCAGCAUCAUUCUGAAUGAAGACAGCUCUGUCGUGUUGGGAAUCUCUUCUCGGGAAGGAGAGGAGGUUUAUUUCAAGACUCCAGUGUCCAUCACAGAGCAUCCAAAGAUCAAUGAAUGGCUGACUCUUGUGGAGAAGGAAAUGAGGGUCACUCUGGCCAAGUUGUUGGCAGAGUCUGUGAAUGAAGUUGAGAUCUUUGGAAAGUCCACAGCCAUAGACCCUGCUACCUACAUCUCCUGGAUUGACAAGUACCAGGCUCAGCUCGUUGUCCUCUCAGCUCAGAUUGCCUGGUCUGAGAAUGUGGAGUCAGCUCUGACCAACAUGUCGAAUGGCGGAGGUGACUCCAGCCCCAUGCAGGCCGUCCUUGUCAAUGUGGAAGCUACCCUGACUGUCUUGGCCGAUUCAGUGUUGAUGGAGCAGCCACCUCUGAGGAGGAGGAAACUGGAACACUUGAUCACUGAACUGGUGCACCAGAGAGAUGUCACCAGAUCCCUCAUGAAAAUCCGGGUUGACAACUCCAAGUCAUUCGAGUGGUUGAGCCAGAUGAGGUUCUACUUUGACCCCAAACAGACUGAUGUUCUGCAGCAGCUCUCCAUCCAGAUGGCAAAUGCCAAAUUCAACUACGGCUUUGAAUAUUUGGGCGUCCAGGAUAAACUUGUCCAAACCCCUCUGACUGACAGAUGCUACCUGACCAUGACUCAGGCUCUGGAGGCCAGGCUCGGCGGGUCACCUUUUGGCCCUGCAGGUACUGGAAAGACAGAAUCCGUCAAAGCCCUUGGACACCAACUUGGCCGAUUUGUGCUGGUUUUCAACUGUGAUGAAACCUUUGACUUCCAGGCCAUGGGUCGUAUCUUUGUGGGUCUGUGCCAGGUCGGAGCCUGGGGAUGUUUUGAUGAGUUUAACAGAUUGGAGGAACGCAUGUUGUCUGCUGUUUCUCAGCAAGUGCAGUGCAUCCAGGAGGCUCUGAGGGAACACUCUGACCCGAACAGAGACAAAACUCUCACAGUCACAUGUGAACUCCUGAACAAACAAGUGAAAGUCAGCCCUGACAUGGCCAUCUUCAUCACCAUGAACCCUGGUUACGCUGGAAGAUCCAACCUGCCAGACAACUUGAAGAAACUAUUCCGCAGCUUGGCCAUGACCAAACCUGACCGCCAGCUGAUCGCACAGGUUAUGCUGUACUCUCAAGGCUUCCGGACUGCAGAAGUGCUGGCCAACAAAAUCGUGCCGUUCUUUAAGUUGUGUGAUGAACAGCUGUCAUCUCAGAGCCACUACGACUUUGGUCUCCGAGCCCUGAAGAGCGUCUUGGUAAGCGCUGGCAAUGUUAAGAGAGAACGCAUCCAGAAGAUAAAGAAGGAAAAGGAAGAACGUGGAGAAGUUGCUGAUGAAGGAGAAGUCGCUGAGCACCUGCCCGAGCAAGAGAUCCUGAUCCAGAGUGUCUGUGAGACCAUGGUUCCCAAGCUGGUUGCAGAAGACAUCCCUCUGCUCUUCUCUCUGCUGUCAGAUGUGUUCCCUGGAGUUCAGUACCACCGCGGUGAAAUGACUGCAUUGCGAGAGGAGCUAAAGAAGGUGUGCCAGGAGAUGUACCUGACCUACGGCGACGGAGAAGAAGUUGGUGGAAUGUGGGUGGAGAAGGUGCUUCAGCUCUAUCAGAUUACCCAAAUCAACCAUGGCCUGAUGAUGGUAGGACCCUCUGGAAGUGGCAAAUCCAUGGCAUGGAGAGUGCUGCUGAAGGCUUUAGAGAGACUGGAAGGAGUAGAAGGCGUUGCUCACAUCAUUGAUCCUAAAGCCAUCAGUAAAGACCAUCUGUAUGGUACCCUGGAUCCAAACACCCGAGAAUGGACAGACGGGUUGUUCACCCACGUUCUCAGGAAGAUCAUUGACAACGUCCGUGGGGAGCUUCAGAAGCGCCAGUGGAUCAUCUUCGAUGGUGAUGUGGAUCCCGAAUGGGUUGAAAACUUGAACUCUGUCUUGGAUGACAACAAACUCCUCACACUUCCCAAUGGAGAACGUCUGAGCCUCCCUCCAAAUGUCCGCAUCAUGUUUGAAGUCCAGGACCUGAAGUAUGCUACCUUGGCCACUGUGUCUAGAUGUGGUAUGGUCUGGUUCAGUGAGGACGUUCUGAGCACGGACAUGAUCUUCAAUAACUUCCUGGCCAGGAUACGCAGCAUUCCACUUGAUGAAGGUGAAGAUGAAGCUCAACGAAUGAGGAAAGGCAAAGAAGAUGAAGAAGAGUCGGCAUCUCCUAUGCUGCAGAUCCAGCGAGAUGCUGCAACAGUGUUGCAACCAUACUUCACAUCCAGUGGACUGGUGAUCAAAGCCCUGGAGCAUGCAUUCAAGCUGGAGCACAUCAUGGACCUGACUCGUUUACGAUGCCUGGGUUCUUUGUUCUCCAUGCUGCAUCAAGCCUGCCGUAAUGUCGCCCAGUACAACGCAAAUCACCCAGACUUUCCCAUGCCGAUUGACCAGUUGGAACGCUACAUACAGCGCUACCUCAUCUAUGCCGUACUGUGGUCAUUCUCUGGAGACGGACGUCUGAAAAUGAGGGCAGAACUGGGAGAGUACAUCCGGAGGAUCACCACAAUUCCACUGCCAACUACACCCAACAUCCCGAUCAUUGACUAUGAGGUGUCCAUCACCGGCGAGUGGCUUCCUUGGCAAUCCAAAGUUCCUCAAAUUGAAGUUGAAACUCAUAAAGUGGCAGCACCUGAUGUUGUAGUGCCCACGCUGGAUACAGUGCGGCAUGAGGCUCUCCUGUACACCUGGCUGGCAGAGCACAAACCUCUCGUCCUGUGUGGUCCUCCCGGUUCAGGAAAGACCAUGACGCUCUUCAGUGCUUUGAGGGCUCUCCCUGACAUGGAGGUUGUUGGCUUGAACUUCUCCAGUGCCACCACUCCAGAGCUGCUCCUGAAAACCUUUGAUCACUACUGUGAGUACCGGCGAACACCAAACGGUGUAGUCCUGGCACCAGUGCAGCUUGGGAAAUGGCUUGUUCUGUUCUGCGAUGAAAUCAACUUGCCAGAUAUGGACAAAUAUGGCACCCAGAGGGUCAUCUCCUUCAUCAGACAGAUGGUGGAGCAUGGAGGUUUCUACAGGACAUCUGAUCAAACUUGGGUGAAACUGGAAAGAAUUCAGUUUGUUGGAGCUUGUAACCCUCCUACCGAUCCUGGAAGAAAGCCGCUGUCUCACAGAUUCUUGCGCCAUGUUCCUGUAGUGUACGUGGACUAUCCUGGACCUGCAUCGUUGACCCAGAUCUAUGGUACCUUUAAUCGUGCAAUGCUGAGGCUCAUUCCAUCACUGCGCACAUAUGCAGAACCACUCACUGCCGCCAUGGUUGAGUUCUACACAAUGUCCCAGGAGAGAUUUACCCAGGACACACAGCCCCAUUACAUCUACUCUCCCCGUGAAAUGACACGGUGGGUAAGGGGCAUAUUUGAAGCAUUGCGGCCACUUGAGACCCUAGCAGUGGAAGGAUUGAUCAGAAUUUGGGCCCAUGAAGCUCUUCGGCUCUUCCAGGACAGGCUUGUUGAAGAUGAAGAGAGACGCUGGACUGAUGAGAACAUCGACAUGGUCGCACUGAAGCACUUCCCCAAUGUGGAGAAAGAGAAGGCACUGAACAGGCCCAUACUAUACAGCAACUGGUUGUCUAAGGAUUACAUCCCUGUGGACCAGGAGGAGCUUAGGGACUAUGUAAAAGCUCGCCUCAAAGUUUUCUACGAGGAAGAAUUGGAUGUUCCACUUGUCCUGUUCAAUGAAGUCCUGGACCAUGUUCUAAGAAUUGACAGGAUUUUCCGACAGCCACAAGGUCAUUUACUUCUCAUUGGAGUGAGUGGAGCCGGGAAGACCACACUGUCCCGUUUUGUCGCCUGGAUGAACGGCCUCAGUGUUUACCAGAUAAAGGUACACAGAAAAUACACAGGGGAAGACUUUGAUGAAGAUCUCCGAACUGUGCUGAGGCGCUCCGGCUGCAAAAACGAGAAGAUCGCCUUCAUCAUGGAUGAGUCCAAUGUUCUGGAUUCAGGAUUCCUGGAGAGAAUGAACACUUUGUUGGCCAACGGAGAGGUUCCUGGCCUGUUUGAAGGGGAUGAGUACUCCACAUUGAUGACACAGUGCAAGGAGGGUGCCCAGAAGGAAGGACUCAUGCUCGACUCCCAUGAAGAGCUGUACAAGUGGUUCACCAGCCAGGUCAUCCGCAAUCUCCAUGUCGUCUUUACCAUGAACCCAUCUUCCGAAGGCUUGAAGGACAGAGCAGCAACCUCUCCCGCUCUAUUCAACAGGUGCGUGCUCAACUGGUUUGGUGACUGGUCAACUGAAGCGCUCUACCAAGUUGGAAAGGAGUUCACAAGUAAAAUGGAUCUGGAGAAACCAAACUACAUUGUCCCAGACUAUAUGCCGGCCGUGUAUGACAAGCUGCCGCAGACUCCAUCUCACAGGGAAGCCAUUGUUAAUGGCUGUGUGUUUGUUCACCAAACCCUUCAUCAGGCUAAUGCCCGUCUAGCAAAGAGAGGAGGCCGAACCAUGGCGAUCACUCCUCGCCAUUAUCUGGAUUUCAUCAACCACUAUGCAGAUCUGUUCAACGAGAAGCGCAGCGAGCUGGAGGAGCAGCAGAUGCACCUGAAUGUCGGUCUGAGGAAGAUCAAAGAAACUGUAGAUCAGGUGGAAGAAUUGCGUCGUGACUUAAGGAUAAAAAGCCAAGAACUGGAAGUGAAAAACGCAGCUGCUAAUGACAAGCUGAAGAAGAUGGUGAAGGAUCAGCAAGAGGCAGAAAAGAAAAAGGUCAUGAGUCAGGAAAUCCAGGAGCAGCUUCAUAAGCAACAAGCUAUCAUUGCUGACAAGCAGAUGAGUGUAAAGGAGGAUCUGGAUCAGGUAGAGCCGGCUGUCAUUGAGGCUCAGAAUGCUGUUAAGUCUAUAAAGAAGCAGCAUCUGGUAGAAGUCCGUUCUAUGGCUAAUCCUCCAGCAGCAGUGAAGCUGGCCCUAGAGUCCAUCUGUCUGCUGCUGGGCGAGAGUACAACGGACUGGAAGCAGAUUCGUUCCAUCAUAAUGAGGGAAAACUUCAUUCCAACUAUUGUAAACUUUUCCGCUGAAGAGAUCAGUGACACGAUCCGGGAGAAGAUGAAAAAGAAUUAUAUGUCCAAUCCAAGUUACAAUUACGAGAUCGUUAAUAGAGCUUCCCUGGCAUGUGGGCCUAUGGUGAAAUGGGCCAUUGCUCAGCUAAACUACGCUGACAUGCUGAAACGUGUGGAGCCCCUGAGAAAUGAGCUGCAGAAACUGGAGGACGACGCUAAAGACAACCAGGCAAAAGCCAACGAAGUGGAGCAGAUGAUCCGAGACCUUGAGGCCAGCAUUGCCCGCUACAAGGAGGAAUAUGCCGUGCUCAUCUCAGAAGCUCAGGCCAUUAAGGCUGACUUGGCAGCAGUGGAAGCGAAGGUGAAUCGCAGUACAGCUCUUCUGAAGAGUUUGUCAGCAGAGAGAGAUCGGUGGGAGAAGACCAGUGAAACCUUCAAGAACCAGAUGUCCACCAUCGCUGGUGACUGCUUACUAUCCGCUGCUUUCAUUGCCUACGCCGGAUACUUUGAUCAGCAGAUGCGACAGAACUUGUUCACCACAUGGUCCCAUCACUUGCAGCAGGCCAAUAUCCAGUUCCGCACAGAUAUUGCGAGAACAGAAUACCUGUCUAAUGCCGAUGAGAGGCUUCGUUGGCAAGCUAGCUCCUUACCCGCAGAUGACCUGUGUACAGAGAACGCCAUCAUGCUGAAACGGUUCAAUAGGUAUCCCCUGAUCAUUGAUCCAUCAGGUCAGGCCACAGAGUUCAUCAUGAAUGAGUAUAAGGAUCGAAAGAUCACCCGCACCAGCUUCUUGGAUGACUCCUUCAGGAAGAACUUGGAAAGCGCUCUCCGGUUUGGUAAUCCGCUCCUUGUCCAGGACGUGGAAAGCUAUGAUCCCAUCCUGAACCCUGUACUGAAUCGUGAAGUUCGCAGGACCGGGGGAAGAGUCCUCAUCACACUCGGGGAUCAGGACAUUGAUCUGUCUCCAUCAUUUGUCAUCUUCCUGUCCACCAGAGACCCCACAGUUGAGUUCCCACCAGAUCUGUGCUCCCGAGUGACAUUUGUCAACUUCACGGUGACUCGCAGCAGUCUGCAGAGCCAGUGUCUGAACGAAGUCUUGAAAGCAGAAAGACCUGAUGUGGACGAGAAGCGAUCUGACCUUCUCAAACUGCAAGGUGAAUUCCAGCUCCGGUUGCGACAACUGGAGAAGUCGCUGCUUCAAGCGCUCAAUGAGGUCAAAGGUCGUAUCUUGGACGAUGACACCAUCAUUACAACAUUGGAGAACCUGAAGAAAGAAGCAGCAGAGGUCACCCGUAAAGUAGAGGAAACGGAUAUAGUCAUGCAUGAAGUAGAGAUUGUGUCUCAGCAGUACCUGCCCCUGUCCACCGCCUGCAGCAGCAUCUACUUCACAAUGGAGUCCUUGAAACAAAUCCACUUUCUGUACCAGUACUCGCUGCAAUUCUUCCUCGAUAUCUACCAUACUGUGCUGUAUGAGAAUGCCAACCUGAAGAACACCACAGAUCACACUCAGAGGCUCUCCAUAAUCACCAAGGACCUAUUCCAGGUGGCGUUCAACCGGGUGGCUCGAGGAAUGCUGCACCAUGACCACAUAACAUUCGCCAUGCUGCUGGCUAGGAUUAAACUGAAGGGAACUAUUGGGGAGCCGACCUAUGAUCACGAAUUCCAGCACUUCCUCAGAGGCAAAGAGAUUGUACUCGGCUCUUCUUCAGUGCCAAAGAUGAACGGUCUUACAGAAGAGCAGGUGGAAUCCAUGAUAAGACUCUCCAAUCUGCCUGCCUUCAGGGAUGUCAUGUCCAAGGUGGAGGCUGAUGAUCAAUUUUUCAUUUGGCUGGAAAGCAGUUCUCCUGAACAGACUGUCCCGUACAUAUGGAAUGAAGACAAACCUGCAACACCGAUUGGUCAAGCUGUCCAUCGCCUGCUCCUGAUCCAAGCCUUCCGUCCUGACCGCCUGCUGGCCAUGGCGCACAUCUUUGUCUCCACUAUCCUUGGCGAGACCUUCAUGUCAGUCAUCGAUCAGCCAUUGGACCUGGCACACAUUGUGGACACAGAGGUUAAACCAAACACUCCAGUCCUGAUGUGCUCUGUCCAGGGGUACGAUGCCAGCGGCCGUGUGGAAGAUCUGGCAGCUGAACAGAACACUCAGAUUACAUCUAUUGCCAUUGGUUCUGCUGAAGGUUUUAAUCAAGCUGAAAAGGUCAUAAAUACAGCCGUGAAGUCCGGAAGGUGGGUGGUGCUGAAGAACGUGCACUUGGCUCCUGGUUGGCUGAUGCAGCUGGAGAAGAAACUUCACUCCCUGCAGCCGCAUUCUUGUUUCCGACUCUUCUUAACCAUGGAAAUUAAUCCAAAGGUGCCAGUGAAUCUGCUGCGAGCCGGUCGCAUUUUUGUGUUUGAGCCGCCUCCUGGUGUAAAGGCCAACAUGCUGCGGACAUUUAGUAGUAUCCCGGUGUCCAGGAUCUGUAAGUCUCCAAAUGAGCGAGCUCGCCUGUAUUUCCUGCUCGCCUGGUUCCAUGCAAUCAUCCAGGAACGUCUGCGUUACGCUCCACUGGGUUGGUCUAAGAAAUAUGAAUUUGGGGAAUCUGAUCUGAGGUCGGCAUGUGACACCAUAGACACCUGGCUGGAUGACACUGCAAAGGGUCGUCAGAACAUUUCCCCAGAUAAAAUCCCCUGGUCGGCCCUGAAGACCCUGAUGGCGCAGUCCAUCUACGGAGGCCGAAUCGACAACGAGUUUGAUCAGCGCCUGCUCAACACCUUCCUGGAGAGAAUCUUCACUACAUCAAGUUUCGACGGGGACUUUAAACUGGCGUGUAAGGUGGAUGGACACAAGGAUAUCCAAAUGCCGGACGGCAUCAGGAGAGACGAGUUUGUACAGUGGGUUGAGCUGCUGCCGGACGCUCAGACGCCAUCUUGGCUGGGGCUGCCGAACAAUGCUGAGCGCGUUCUGCUGACUACACAGGGCAUUGACAUGAUCAGUAAAAUGCUGAAAAUGCAAAUGCUGGAGGAUGAGGAUGACUUAGCUUACGCAGAGACUGAGAAGAAGCAGAGGACGGAUUCUACAUCUGAUGGCCGCCCAGCCUGGAUGAGGACGCUGCACACCACUGCCUGCAACUGGCUCAGCGUCAUUCCCCAGGCCCUCAACCACCUGAAACGUACAGUGGAUAACAUAAAGGAUCCUCUGUUCAGAUUCUUUGAACGUGAAGUAAAAAUGGGCGCCAAGUUACUGCAGGAUGUGCGUCAAGAUCUUACGGAUGUCGUCCAAGUGUGUGAAGGGAAGAAGAAACAGACCAACUAUCUGCGCACCCUGAUCAAUGAGCUGGUGAAAGGGAUCCUGCCUCGCAGCUGGUCUCGAUUCACGGUCCCCGCAGGACUGACUGUCAUCCAGUGGGUUGCAGAUUUCAGUGACCGCAUCAAACAGCUUCAGAACAUCUCUCAAGCAGCAGCUGCCAGCGGAGCUAAAGAGCUGAAGAACAUACAUGUGUGGUUGGGUGGCCUGUUUGUCCCUGAAGCGUACAUUACUGCCACCAGACAGUAUGUGGCCCAGGCAAACAGCUGGUCCCUGGAGGAGCUGUGCCUGGAAGUGAGCGUGACCACUACCCAGAAUGCUGUGCUCGACGCUUACAGCUUUGGAAUAACAGGUCUGAAGCUGCAAGGAGCGACCUGCACCAAUAACAAGCUGUCCUUGUCCAAUGCCAUCUCCACCGUGCUGCCUCUGACACAGCUGCGCUGGACCAAGCAGACCAAUGCUGAGAAGAAGGCGAAUGUGGUCACUCUGCCAGUCUACCUGAACUUCACCCGGGCCGACUUGAUCUUCACAGUUGAUUUUGAAAUUGCCACCAAAGAAGACCCUCACAGCUUCUACGAGCGAGGAGUGGCGAUCCUGAGCACCGAGUAACAAGAAUCCAUCAUCCGCUCACUGGUUAUCAUUAUAUGUUUGUGUUCUGUGGGUACAGGAAGGAUAUGAAGGAUCAGUCAUGUGAUGUGAUGGGGGGAGUCAAGAGAUGUAAAGUGGGGAGGAGGCGAUUGUGAUGUAUUAAAGAUGGUGAGAGAAGAAGUUAUUGGAGGGAGAAGAGAAGGUGAUGAGAGUCCUUGGUAGGUUUACAGUCAGAAAGAGAUUUGCAUGUGAAAGCUUUUUUUAGAUUUGUCUAAUGUGGAACCCGCAUUUUAUUCCAAUAAAUAUGCGUUACGUUAAA